AUGUCAAACGAAAAUUUAGAAAGACUUAUCCGAUCAAGAGGGAGUUAAUAUAUACCUAGAAAUAUUUAAGCUACAUCUCCAUAUGUAAGACAGGUUCCUCUUAAAAAUGGAAAAACAAACAAUUAUUUACCUAAUUAUCCUUUAUAAAUAAUCCAAACAUAAUCUACUCUUUCAGCUAUGUAAGAAUUAUGAGAAUAAUAGACCCCAAUAAACAGAUAGAAAUAGCAUUAACACAUAGUUUAUUGCUCAAGUACGACAUCCUUGUUAAACUUAAUCUGUUUCUCCUAUAAGAGUGAUUUAAUUAUCAUCAGAAAAGAUUUAACAAUCUCAAGAAAUCAAUGAUGUAUAAUGUCAUGAGAAACCUUUAUAAGUAGUCUCUGUUUAAGAUAUGGAAGAUAAAUAUAAAUCAAAGCUAUUAUAAUUAGAAUAGUUGAUCAACAGAUUGCAGAUAGAGAAUUAAAGAUUAAAAAUAAAUGAACAAAAUCUAAGGUCUAUGGAUUACAUGGCUAGAAUUAAUUAAUUAGAAUUUAUGAUUAAGAAUUUUGUAGUUUAAGAAGAUGGAUAUAAGAAUGAAAUUUAACGAUUAAAAUAAGAAUUAUCUGAAAGUAAAGAAAAUUUGGCUUUAUUAUAAAAACAAUAACAAAAUAAAAAUGGCAACAAUGAAGAAGUUUAAAAAUUGAAGAAAUAAAUUCAAAAAUAUGAAAUAGACGAUAAAGAAAUGUAAAAUUAGUUAAGUAGUAAAGAUUAAGAUAUAAUAAGAUUAAGGAGUAUUUUAAAUGAAAAAGAAAAUUGGAUAGAAUAAAUGAAUGAUUAGAUCUAAGAAUUAUAAAUAGUUUAAGAAAAUUAUUCAAGAGUUGAAACAACUGUUAUUUCAUUAUAAGGGGAAGUAGAUAUUUGGCGUAAGAAAUUCAAAGAAAAAAAUGAGGAGGUUUCAGAUUUGAGUGAAAAGUUAAUAAUGGUAGAAACAUCAUUAGAAGCAUUAAAAAAGAGAUAAAUCUCAUAAACAAAGGAAGUUAAUAUCACAAAUAGUAAUAGUAAGACCAAUAAUAACAUGAUUUAAUCAGUAGAUUCUUCAAAUAGAUUAAAUAGAGGAACUAAUUACUCUUAAAGAUAAUAACUAUGA